AUGGAUCCUAAAAUCUAUGAAGCGGCGGCGAAAGGCAACUUGGAGGCCUUACAACAAUAUGAUAUCUCCCAUCCACUUGAUGAAUUUUUUACCGUUAAUAAAAAUACGAUCGUACAUAUUUGCAUUUCAAGUAUCCUCGUUGAAGAAGAGCCUCUCGCUACUGGAGGAACCGACUCAGCCUCAGCGGCAAACUUUGUGAAAGAUGUAUUGGACAAGUGUCCGACACUUUUAUUGAAAGCCAACGCGGAUAACGAUACUCCGUUACAUGUGGCGGCAAGGUAUGGGCAUGCUUCCAUCGUCACAGUCCUGAUUGAACAUCAAAAAUUCCAAUGUCAAGAUCUCGAAAGUGGAGUCGAAGCUACUAAGGAAAUGAUUGGGAAGCUGAACAAAGAGAGAGAUACGGCCUUACAUGAGGCUAUACGUCACAAUCACAUUGAAGUGGUAAAACAGUUACUAAUGGAGGUAGAUUCAGAAUUUUCGUUUGAUGCUAAUGUUGGUGGUAGUGAGAACCCACUUUACUUGGCUGCCGAGAGAGGCUUUCCAGAUUUGGUGUCAGAAAUUUUAAACAAAUUCGAGUAUCCAGCUUACGAUGGCCCCUUGGGUAGAACGGCUUUGCAUGCUGCAGCAUUUUGGGGUGAUGAAGGAAUGACCAAAAACAUUUUGGAAAGAUACGGAGGUGAUCUAUGUAAACAAGCAGACCAAAAUGGUUGGACUCCGCUUCACAUGGCUGCAUACUUGGGUUGCAUUGAGCCAACAAAACUAUUGCUGCAAUAUGGUAGAGAGGUAGCAUAUAUGAAAGAUGCAGAGGGUAGGACAGCUCUUCACAUUGCAGCUCAUUGCAACCAAAAAGAAGUAACAAAAGAGAUUAUAUCAAUGUGUCCGGAUUGUUGCGAAGUGGUUGACAAUAAAGGCCGCAAUGCACUCCAUCUCGCCGUGCAUCUCACCAAGUACAAGUCGCCGCCAAUUGCAGCGCUAAUCAUCCAAGAUAAAUCGUCUCUCCGGAAUCUUUUGAAUCAGAAGGACAACGACGGGAAUACACCUCUCCAUCACUAUUGCAAUUAUUUUAAUUUGUACGACGAGCGUCUCCUGAAUUCUCCAAGAGUUGACAAAAUGGUCUUCAACAAAAAGAACGAGAAUGCUCAUCAAAUCUAUACUAGUAAAAGCCUACAACUUUAUGAGAAAAAUAAAGAAUACUCACGAUUCAGUCCAAUAAAUAUUUUACAGAAGGAGCAGAGCCUUUUUGAAGCAAAAAAUAAUAGUUUCUAUUUCAAUGGACGAUUAUUAAAAGUCGGGUAUGAUGAAAUUGAGAAGAGGAAGACGGAGCAGGAGGCCGAUGUGGAGGAGUGGGAGAAGUGGGAGAAACAGAAGGAUGAGGAGGAGGGUAACGCGGCUCGAGCUCAAUUGGUAGUUGCUGCACUCAUUACAACCGUGACCUUUGCAGCAGGCAUUAACAUGCCAAGGGGUUUCAUUGGUGGAGAUGAUCAUCCACAUCCAGGCUCUGCAAUUUUUAAAAGUGCUGCUUUCAAAGCAUUCAUCAUUACAGACGCCCUAUCGUUGAUGCUAUCUAGUUCUGCUAUCUUUCUCCACCUAUUUAUUCCGUUUAUCCCAUCUGCUAAAUCCAUGCCCAAGGAGCGCACACGUUUUCUUAAAAUAGCCUUAGGGUUCCUUCUUUCCUCCAUGGUACCAAUGGUUUUGGCAUUUGUUACAUGUACAUAUGCUUUGUUGGAGCAUUCAAAUAUUGCCAUUUCCACUUGUAUUAUUUGCUUAUCCUUCUUUCCCAUCCUUGUUUAUAUAUUUAAAGAAAUGCGGUGGUACGUGCCUAAUUAA